CCCAUAGACUAAUUGCUACUGUAGCAGUGUACCAAGCGGGGCUCUCGUCUCAGCACUUGCGUUUUUCCCGAUCACAGUUCAGCUCUCAGGAAUAUACAUGACGUUCAGAGGCUGCACAGUUGCUGUGUUUGCGUUUGGCAUUGUCCGCUGAACUGCCAGUCCAGUUGUUGCAUUGUUUGGAUUGAUUUGGGCUGCAGUGUGUGCUGUGCUCACGGAAAGGAGAUUUAUACGGUGUAUCUGAUUUUCUAGCUGAUCAAAAUGCCCAAAAAGAAGCCUGAGCCGAUCCUUUUACACCCAACACCCGACAGCAACACAGUGAAUGGGACCAGUGCUGGAGAGACGAACCUGGAGGCCCUGCAGAAGAAGCUGGAGGAGCUGGAGCUGGACGAGCAGCAGCGGAAGCGCCUCGAGGCUUUCCUCACGCAGAAACAGAAGGUGGGGGAGCUGAAGGACGACGACUUCGAGAAGAUCUGCGAGCUGGGCGCCGGCAACGGGGGCGUGGUGUUCAAGGUGUCACACAGGCCCUCCGGACUCAUCAUGGCCAGGAAGUUGAUUCACCUGGAGAUCAAGCCGGCCAUCCGGAACCAGAUCAUCCGGGAGUUGCAGGUCCUGCACGAGUGCAACUCCCCCUACAUCGUGGGCUUCUACGGGGCAUUCUACAGCGACGGAGAGAUCAGUAUCUGCAUGGAGCACAUGGAUGGAGGUUCCUUGGAUCAGGUGUUAAAAAAAGCAGGGAGAAUCCCGGAGCGGAUUUUGGGAAACGUCAGCAUAGCAGUAAUAAAAGGACUGGCGUACUUGAGGGAGAAGCACAAGAUAAUGCACAGAGACGUGAAGCCCUCCAACAUCCUGGUGAACUCGCGCGGGGAGAUCAAGCUGUGCGACUUCGGGGUGAGCGGCCAGCUCAUCGACUCCAUGGCCAACUCCUUCGUGGGCACCCGGUCCUACAUGUCUCCUGAGCGUCUGCAGGGCACACACUACUCUGUGCAGUCUGAUGUCUGGAGCAUGGGUUUGUCUCUAGUGGAAAUGGCAAUCGGACGCUACCCCAUCCCCCCUCCUGACAGCAGCGAGAUGGAGCAGAUCUUUGGCUGCCCAGUAGAGGGCGACCAGUCUACCAACGAGACUUCCCCCAAACCGCCAGGCCGCGCAGCGAGCUCUCAUGGCCCAGAUAGCAGACCACCAAUGGCUAUAUUUGAAUUGCUGGAUUACAUUGUUAACGAGCCACCUCCAAAGCUGCCAAGUAUCUUCAAUGAAGAAUUUCAAGAUUUUGUUAACAAAUGCUUAAUAAAGAAUCCAGCAGAGCGCGCAGACUUAAAACAAUUAGUGGCCCAUUCAUUCAUUAAGAGAGCAGAAGCUGAAGAGGUAGAUUUUGCAGGAUGGCUCUGUACAACUAUUGGCCUGAACCAGCCAGGCACCCCCCCUCACAAUGCUGGGGUAUGAGGGCACGAACAGACCACUCUCCAUACCACUGCAGCUCAUGUGCUUUGAACUGGUCUACCAAUGCUACAUUUCUAAUGCUUUUUACAGUUAUGUAUUUGAAAUUUUUUUGAAGGAAAGUUAUCCUGGGGAUGGGAGAAGGGACUUACUGAUUAGGUAAUUUCUAAAUCCACAUUAGUGCAAAUUAGGCAUCCCUUUGCUGUACAAGCCACCUUUCCUCUUAACUCCAAGCAUAACAUUAAUAAAACACUAACUAAAGAGUGAAGCAUUUAGCAAGGUUUCUACAGGAAUGAGGUUACAUACAAGACCAGAAAACCUUCCUUUGAAAUCAAGCCAAAGCAGAAUAUAUUAUGUAUAGUGUCAAAUGCUGAGUAAGUUUGGUGUUUUAAAAGUCAUGCAAAUAUUUUAACAUGUUACACAAAUAAAAUUUCAUUUCUU